CCAAUGGGGAGAGCGGGAGGCGAGUGCUGGAAUGCGGCGGGCGGCUGCGGGGCUCUGCUCGGCUCCCUCCGGUCGCGCGCGCCCUCGCCCUCUCUGGCGCGCUCCCGACCCCUAAGCACGGCUCGAGGGCUCGAGGAAGCUCAGGGACAAAUCGCGUCACUUUCUCACUGGGUUGCCAUGUCCACCUUCCGCCAGGAAAAUGUGGAAGACCACUACGAGAUGGAGGAAGAGCUGGGAAGCGGCCAGUUUGCAAUUGUGCGGAAAUGCCGGGAGAAGAAGAGCGGGCUGGAAUACGCCGCCAAGUUCAUCAAGAAGCGGCGCCUGUCCUCCAGCCGCCGAGGGGUCAGCCGCGAAGAGAUUGAGCGGGAGGUAAACAUCCUGCGGGAGAUCCAGCAUACAAAUAUCAUCACUCUCCACGAUAUCUUUGAGAACAAGACAGACGUGGUCCUCAUCCUGGAGCUGGUCUCGGGAGGGGAACUCUUUGACUUCCUGGCUGAGAAGGAGUCGCUGACGGAGGAAGAGGCUACUCAGUUCCUCAAGCAGAUCUUGGACGGGGUUUAUUACCUGCAUUCCAAACGCAUCGCCCACUUUGACCUCAAGCCUGAAAAUAUCAUGUUGCUUGACAAAAAUGUCCCCAGUCCUCGGAUCAAGCUGAUCGACUUUGGGAUUGCUCACAAGAUUGAAGCAGGAAAUGAGUUCAAAAAUAUUUUUGGCACCCCAGAAUUUGUAGCUCCAGAAAUAGUGAACUAUGAACCGCUGGGUUUGGAAGCUGACAUGUGGAGCAUCGGGGUCAUCACAUACAUCCUCCUGAGUGGGGCCUCCCCGUUCCUGGGAGAAACGAAGCAGGAGACCUUGACAAACAUCUCUGCCGUCAACUACGACUUUGACGAGGAAUACUUCAGCAACACCAGUGAGCUCGCCAAGGACUUCAUUCGGCGCCUGCUAGUCAAGGAUCCCAAGUAGGAGACUUACGAGGGACUGGGAGGAGGGAUAAAUGGGAGGAGCAAUCCGUAUGAAAUGUUAACUGAUUUUGAGCUGCCAGGGUGCACCUGGGCAACUGAGCUCUUGCACAGCCUUCAGCUGAACUCUUGCACAAGCAAGCUUUCAGAUUAGACCUGCAAGCGGAGCCUUUCUCUGGCUUUAGUAUUUUUUAAACUCCUUUCCAGGGCAGGAGAGAUGUGAAGCUGAGGUCUGAUAUAGAACGUAAUCGCUGUGUCAGUCUCACAGACCCAGAGGGAAUAAGGCAGACAAUAUUUUGGACCGACCAGUUGCUAAAUCGUGAUAUGGCGUAGGCUUCUGUUUUUUCUGAGAGGGGAUAUGAUUGAAGUCUAUAAAGUUAUGCA